GCCUGACUGGCCCAUAAAGGAGGUUUAAGAUCCAAGUUGGUCGCGAUCCACUUUACGGGACCAAGUCGCCUGUCCUGUUUCAUUUGUAGAGAUUGUUGUUUCACAAUUGCCUAUCACAGUCGUCACUCCCAUUAUAGUGAAUCUGCAGUGAACCGGACUAGCUAAUCAUCUCUUCUGUUUGCUAUUCAAUAGGUCUUUUUGAUAAUCAGGGCAAUCGCGAGUCCACCCAAUCGCCUGGUCUGACUCUUAAUCUUUCGUCAAACAACCCCUUUCGCAACCGUGCGGCCUCGCCUAACAGUUUGGUCUCCCCUCCUCGUUCUCCAUUUGAUGACCCUCCUCCCCGACCUACUUCGAGAAAUCCUUUCCUCGAUAAUCCAUCUACCAGCACUGCAACUGCGAAUUCGUCCGCCAAGAUGUCAUCAGCUAAGGAGCAUAAGUCUUUCACCGCCGAGGAUCUAUUUGAUAACUUGACGCUUGACGAUGGUAGUAGGGAUGCGAAAACCCGACCGGCUCCUACCGGACCACCUCGUGGCGAAAACAACCCUCCCCGUGGUCGCGGUGGGCCACCUUCGUCUCACAGGCCAACCCGGUCGCAAGAAGAAGCUCUAAAAGCUCGUCGAAUGCAUAGCGCCUCGAACGGGGGAGAGAAAAGCCUCUCUGGGAAACAGACGGACCGUCGCCCUCGUCGCAAUAGCGAUUCUUCCAUGAUUGAGAAGCCGUUGACGGAGGAGGAAAAGAAAGCGCGCGAGCUACGACGCAAAGAGCGCGAGCGACGCCAUCGCGAGGGCAAGGAUAAACCGAAAACAGCCCGAAAAAUCGAUAUCAUCGAUCAGCUUGAUGCUACGAGCAUUUACGGAACAGGACUAUUUCAUCACGAUGGUCCGUUUGAUGCAUGCAACCCGCACCGAAAUCGUAAGGGCAGUCGUCGUGCGCCCAUGCAGGCGUUUGCCAAAGAUUCUGCCAAUAAUUCUCUCGGAGGUUCGGGUCCUAUAAAUAGUCGGCCUGAUCAUUUGCAGUUCAUGGGCCAAGAGCCUCAUGACGUCUCUAACAUGUAUGGGAACGCUGCUAGAGAUAGGCCUGGAGGAAGCAAGGGCGAGGCUACCCUGUUCGAUCCUAAGCAGGCAAAUGAAUUCGUCGUUGGUGAAGAGACAUUGGGACUCGGAUCUUCAACCUUCUUGGAAGGUACCCCGGCGGCACGUGCUGCGAUCCAGCGCAACCAAGCUGAGACGGCGCAAGAGGUCUUGGAGCAGGGACUGGGCAGAAAGAAGUCGGUGGUGCAGCGUUUCCGAAGCAUCAAGCGCGCCCCGCGCGAGCCUCGCGAAUUCAACCCGGAUGGUGACCGCUACACUCCUAGGACCGGCGAUAUUCCUACUAGCAGUAGCACUGGUGAAAGGAACCCGUUCUUUGCAGAGUUCGACGGCAAGGCAGAGGAGCGUAUCUCUGUCAAGCGUAAAGAUUCGGAUUCGACAUCUCCCGUGACGCCGCCGGUGCCUAGUCUUGAGCGCCGAGGGACCACUGAUGGAACAGAUGGCAAUGGGUUUAUGUCGCGUGUCAAGAGCUUGAAAGGAGGGCGACGACCGCGACCAGAGGUUCCCAACAGAGACGUUCCGCCUGCCUCCGGUGUGGCAAUGUGAGCUGCGUAAGAAUUGGUGCACUAUAGUGCUAAGAAAUAUUUUUCAUGAGGCAACCGGUAUUAGUAGCUACGUCUUCAAGCUAAGGUUGUCUUGGUAGAUGUUUUGAACGGUGGCGGAGCUUUGUUACACUUGGAGUUCACGUAUUCAGUGGGACAAAGCUUAUGGAUGAAUAUGGUUCCGACACUUUCCUCUUGAAAAUACGCAAGGUCAAUAUGUCUGGGAGACGGAACGUGGGGAAAGCUGUUAGGAGCUAGUCAGCUACAACAUGGACAUGGACACUCACUUUAUAGGCCUCGGCUUCGUGUCAGGAUAGGUAGUUUCUUGAGUUUCUCCUAAAUUCCUAUGGGUAGGGGAGAGGUAGCAAGUCUAGGUAAUCUGUGAGCAUAACUAGCGGAAGUGGUAAAGGCGCAAUGGAAGACGGAGAGAUACUGCCGGCGGUCCCUAGGUGAAAUUCAUGCAGAUUGAAUUGAGCAAGUAAGAGGCUCGACUAUGCGGUGGUGCGUACUGUUGAUAUCGGAAAUAUGCUGUGUUAAGGAUUAUGACAUUCGCUGUAAAGUAUCUCCACUUCGGAGCACCUUCAUAAUAUAAUUAUAGACUUCGUGGUGCGACUAGAAA